AAAGAUUACGUCAGAGUAGUUUUGACAAGCAUGAGGCGCAUACUCAGUGUGAGUUCAUUAAGACAUUUUAGCCCGUUUGGUAGAAAUWACCCCUCUCKUAUUAGCCUGUCUGUUGGGGCUCGGGGCGCUUUUGCACUAAAUUUUUGCAGUAAAACGAUAAGUGACGGCAACACCAUGGAUCUGAGCAAUAUGAGGAAAAAAUAUAGAGGGGAGGAAGAGUGCUUUGAGGAGAGUCAACUUGGAUCUUUGGAUCCCAUCAAGGAGUUUGGAAACUGGCUUGAUGAAGCAACAAAGUGCCCUGAAGUUGGAGAGAGCAAUGCUAUGUGCAUCGCCACGGCCUCCAAGGAUGGACGUCCAUCUGCRCGUAUGGUCCUCCUGAAAGGUUACAGCCAUGAAGGUUUCCGCUUCUUCACAAACUACGAGAGCAGAAAGGGCAAAGAGUUGGAGAGCAAUCCAUACGCAUGCCUGGUUUUUUACUGGGAACCACUUCACAGACAGAUUCGUAUUGAGGGCUCAGUGGAGAGGAUCCCCUACCAGAACUCCUGUGAUUAUUUCCACUCACGGCCGAAGGACAGUCAGAUCGGGGCCGUCGUGAGCCGACAGAGUACACCGAUCCCUAACAGAGACUAUUUGACGCAGAAAAAUGCUGAACUGGAGGAAAAGUACAAGGACACAGAUGUGCCGAUGCCAGACUACUGGGGCGGCUACCUGGUCAAACCUCACGCGAUUGAGUUCUGGCAGGGUCAGACCAACAGACUCCACGACCGCAUCGUUUUCACCAAGGUCAAGGACGGAGAGAAACGGGGGGAGUUCCAGCACGAAGCCGAGGGAGGCUGGGUGUACCAGCGACUCUCUCCGUAAGAGCCGCCUCCACAGACGCUCCGUCCAGAACGCCGUGAACUUAAAAAGUAGCCAACGUCUGAAGGUACUGGUGGGAAACCAUUUGAUGUUUGUUAAAUCUGUGUCGAUUCUUUGACUCGAACCAUCUGAACCUGCAAACUGACUGCAACGCGAAGCUUCAUGUUUUCAUUUGACUUUAAAAAGAAACGAGGAAAGUUUGCCUCCUCCGACACAAAUGAGUCGCAGUUGGUUGUUUCCUCAAACUUCAGUGUCUUCACUUCCUAAAARGAGCACAGUUGUCUUUCGRKUGCAAAUUCAGCUUACGGGCUUUUGCUAAAGUAUUCACACCCUUCCAUGUCUUCCACAUUGUCUCCUGUUAAACGUUUGGUGGAAUUCUUUAGGCUUUUAUACGAUAGAGAAACCCAACGAAGUCCAUAUCGUGAGCUAAACGUUUACAGGUAWAAAUUUUAGAAAUGUUUUGUGCGUAUCUUUUUGUUCCCUGUUGAAGAUAACCAUACCCACCAUCAUUUUUUCAGAGAUGGUUUAAUUUUGACCUUAUUGGAGCAGAGCAUCUUUAUGCUUCUCUGACCCAAACAGCUGUGCGAGAUCAGAUUAAUUUUGCUCUGGAUGUUUUAUUUAGGGCAGAGGGAGUAAAUACAAAUGCACGCCAUCUUUUUAAACUUCAAUAUGAAAAAUAAAAUAAAAAUGUAUAUAUAUAUAUAUAUAUAUAAGAUGUUUCCGUCCCAUUUCACAAUUACUUGGGUAGGUUGUGUUUUGUCCAUCCCAUUAAAUCCCAAAUAAAAUACAGUGAUAUUUGUGGAUAUAAUGUGACAAAAUAUGAAGAAGUUGAAGUGGUGUGAAUACUUUUUCAAGGUUCUGUAGCUAUAAUGUCAUGAUUUCUGUCUGGAAUAAUAUUUUAUAGUGAAAGAGAGAAAACUGUUUGAAGUAGAUUUCUGAUUUCAGUUUGAUGUUUUCUUAAAAAGAUCAUUUCUAAAAUGGGAGUUUGCAACGGUUUUUCAGAUCCAUGAUCAUGUUUUUUUAGAUAUAUGAUCAUACAUGUAAUAAUGCUGUUAAAAAGCYUACAAACUGAGACGACUAAAAAAAUGUGACCUCUCCUUAAAAAAAAAAAAAA